AUGCUCUCAAGAUGUUGGAUUUUCUUAGAAGAACGCCUGUUUUUGCUCCUAAUCUCAGCCGUGCCUACGGCCAGGUCACCCCCGCCGCACCGUAAAGUCGUCGGCGGCUUGUUUGGCUUUGCGUCGGACUCGCUGCGGGAUUCUUGGCUUGGUACUUGGGCCAAGGCUCGCUUUGGUGUAAACCGCCCGGGCUUUCUGUUGCUCCGCAAAUAUUACUCGAGAUUUAUGGCCGUUCUAGCUUUGUUUCGGUAUUCGAGGACGGUUUUAUGGUUCUUGUAGGGAUUAUCGGAAGCGUGGCAGGGCUUUUCAUGAAGAAUAGUUUAUUAGGAUCAUUCAUCAAUCUUUUCUCAGUAACGCGAAAUAGGGAAAGGGGAUUUUGAACUGUCAGGAGUUCUUAUUUUGAUCUUACAGAGCAUUACAGAGUUUCAAGUCUAUUUAUAAAGCUUUGAAAAAAUUGGUAAAAGUAUAUAUUCAAAAUGAACCUCUUCAAGAUCUUCAAAAUAAUAUUUUUGAUCGUUCCUGACUGUUUGGUAAUUUUCAAGGAAGCUUUAAUCGCUUGGUUUUUUUUUUGCAUCUUCGGUUUUAUUCGAAAUAUCUGCAGUUACCGCAUGAAAGUGUCUAUCCUUAAGCUUUUUUUCAGGUACUAGAAGAAAUUCUGUAUUUCUGGAUUUUCAAAAUUAUUCCUGGAAUCUGCAAGACGCGCCUAGACGUUCAGGAGAUUUUGCUCUCAAUGAUCCGUUGAAGAAAGGAAAAAAAAAAUGAAUGAAUCGAAAAAGUUGGCUGGCGCGGUAAAUGUGCGUAUUGGGGGCUGUAUAACGUCUGCUCUUAUGACGCCUCACAUCCGUUUUGCACUUUUAAUGGCACCGUUCUGGUCUUCUUGGUUUCACGAGUCGAAGAAAAAAAGGCUGUCUUUUGUUUGGAUUCCUCGUUGGUGGAGGUUCAUCAAUAUCUAAAAUUUAAUUCCAAUAAGAAAAGUUGGAUUUUAAACUGGGUUUGUUCAAGAGAUGUAUCUUUACAUGAUGAAAGGCUAUUUUUCACCAAAUUAAGCGAGAUCCGCCCUUUAACCGUGAAGAUAAAAUUAUUCUUUAUUUUUAUAAUUAGUCAUAAUAUUAAUCCACCUUUUUUAAUUUGAGAUUGAGGUCAAGCUUUGUACUGGGAAAAUUUUAGUGGCCACUAUAGAGGCUCCCCAAGGACUACUUGGAGAGGACACUAAAGUGUCCACUAAUCCCACCUCUAUAGUGGUCACUAUUUUCUCUUUUAGUGGCAACUUCAGUAGUUUUUCAUCCAGUAUUCCUUCCAUUAAUUUAAAAAAAAACCUACUGGACCAGUUAUGUUGAUCCAUUAGCCCCUAAAGUGACCACUAAAAAUUUUAAUGGUCUAGUAGUAUUACUGAGACCUCUGUAGUGACCACUAAUUUUUAACCACUUAUAAGUGGCCACUAAUUUGACUACUAUAGUGGCCACUAAAACGUCAAAACCCUAUAGUGGCCACUAAAAAUUUUCCCAGGUUCAAAAAAAGCUUGGAAGAUCUCAGAAUUAGUAAAAUCGAGAUAUUUCCAAUUUUUCAUUCGACUCCUUCUCUGGAAUCUUCAUGACAUUCCAGAUUUUUUUCCCCAAGAAGUUCUUCGAUUCAAGCUUUUCUCAAACGCUUUCCAAGCUGAUUUUACCGUCCUCAAAGUUAUUUUUCAAUUUUUCGAUACGCUUUCUCAAAAAAGAGAGAACUCGGAUCACGUUUUGCAACUCAAGUUCAUCAUUAGCAGAGGAAAUGGCCUUUUGUUUCAUUUGCCCUCAAGAAAUCGGAGGGGUUUCGAGGAAAUUGGGCGGAGUCAGCCUCUGAACAGUGACGCGAGGGGGUGGCUCCGCCCAUUUCGGCCGGUCAGACUCGGUUUCGGCCUGCGCAGGCUGGCUUCUUGCCUUUCACACCUGCCAGUCCUACCUUCAUUUACCGCAUUUUUUCCUUCUUUUCUGAGGAAGAACUAUUUUUCCUAUCUUUGUUUCAUGGAUCUUAUGAUAGGUUCUUAUUGAAUAUUUUUUUGAGCUUAGCGAAUUUCAAAUUUUCCGUUUCAAUAGAUUUAGAUCUCGACCUUUUCCACUCUUAACUAGAAAACUGAUUUUGGAUAUUUUUUGGAUCAUAAGGAAGAAAAAUCUAAUGAUCUUUUUAUCCUUCUUAAUACCAUAAAAAAAAAACUAUUUCUGCGUUUUUGAGCUUAAACAAGUUGGAGCUUGACAGAAAUUAGGAACCUUUUUUUUUACAACGUUUUUCUUGGACUUUCUUUGACAUAUUUUCUUAAAAGUAUGAAAUAUCUGAACUUGCAGCAGUCGCCGCCGACGAUGAACAUUCUUGGCCGACCACGGGUGAAUCCGAACGUGAUCGACGCGAUGCACGCUCGUCUCCGGUGCACGGAGACGAUGGCCGACUCGCCGAGCACCUCGUUCGCCACGAGUUCAGCAACGGCGCCGCCACGGACUCGUAUCCACGCCGCCUUCACCUUCCAUCGGAGUCGCACCGUUUUCCAGCCCCUUCCCAAUUCGCAGGUAUACAUUUUGUUGGCUAGAAUAUAGAUAAGGUGUAGAAUAACUUGACAUUCAGCUUGAAAAAAAUCAUUAUUUUUUUGGAAUUUUACGAGAUUAGUUGAGAAUAAAAAAAUAGACACUUCUACAAUUUUUUUAAUUCUUCCUUGUCUAUAUACGUUUCAAUCUCCUUUUAAAACUUCUGCCAUGACAUUUCUAUUUGAUAACGGUCUCUUUCUCUUUCGUCAGUACAUCCUUUCCGAAAAUUUAUACUUCGGUUCAAGGAUUUCUUAAUUUUUUCAUUCAAUUCACCUUUUUUCCGGAUCCAAACUCCGUCGAAUAACUCUAUACCAACUGUUGAUUUUUCGUUCACCUCAAAAACGGAAAAGAAACGUUUUCUCGACCCAGCGGGGCGCCAGCCGUUUCUGUCUCAAAAAACCUUGUCGCUUCACAUUUUUUCCACUAUCUUCAUUUUUCUACUCGAAAAUUUGAUAUAUUUUUUCAAGUUCCUUUUUCUCUUUUUUAAGUUAUAUUAUUUGCUUUCUCACGGACAUGACUGUUGCAUGGCGCGAUGCGUGAUACAUCAUUCGCCGAGGAGAACAAAAAGAUUGGCCGCCCUUUCUUGUGCACCCGCCGAACUUUCUCGAUUAGUAGAUUUUUGAAAUAUUUUUGACAAAAUCCACACUUUUGCUCUAACGAACAACGUCUGUGAUUGGCUGGCAACGCCUCCUGUAAGGCAGGGAUCCUCUAGAGCGUACUUUUCUUCUCUCAUUCAUCAAAUAAAUGAAUUGAAGUGUGUUGGGCGCGUUUGGAAUGGCUCAAAGCGUAACGGCUGCAAAUUGGUUUUGAAACUGCAGCGCGGCCGCGACGCCUCAAGCCAUUCUCCCUGCUACCAGAAGAAUUGAGAAAAAUUCUCAAUUUAUUUAAUUGUUAACACAAGUGAAAUGAAAUUAGGCCUUUGGGACAGACGGCCGCGAUUUCAGAUAACCAUCUGAAUACGUGUAACGCACACCCAUACACACAUAACAGCAGAUCGACACGCAUUUUAGGCCCUUUUGGAUUUUUUUAUUGACUUUUUGGUUUAUCUUUCGAGUAUUACUGAUUGAUUCCUAGAAAAAAGCGCAAAGUUUAUCCUUUUUUGACCGUCGAAAGGUUAACUUCGUCUUGAAAUUCUAUUUUUUUUCCACUCCAAUCUUUGAUAUUUUUCUCCUGACCUUUACAGUUGCCUAGUUCACUUUUUUCUGAUUUCGAAACUGAAAAAAUAAAGCUUGAUAUAAAAGAAAAACUUUUCUCUGACACCAGAAAAAUCAUCGAUUUCCCUCUGUUUUGUGAAGAAUCAUUGUUUGUUGACCACGACGACUGGCUAGUUUUCUCCUAUUUUUCCAGCGCACGUGCUCUUUUUUCUUCUCUUUGUGAGCCGAAAAUAUUUCCAGCAAAUCUCACUGCUCAUACAAAACUCAAAAAACUCUGUUAAAAAUUGACUUCUCAGAGAAAAGUAAGUUUUAAACAUCUUUUUAGUAAUUUCAAAGCAAUCUGCCAGCCGACGCACGUGCUCUUUUUUCUCCCUUUUCUGAGUCGAAACUUUUUCAGCAAAUCCCAGUGAGCCAGCUGCAGGAACGGCGUCGGCGCCCGCCGACGCCCGACCAUGCUCUCAACAACCCACAACGGAGCAAGGUCUACAAUAGUCGCGAUUUGAAGCUUCAGCUCGACCCUCGGGUCCUCUCUAACUUGAUGCGUCAAGAGGUGCCACAGUUCUUCCCGAAAAUCCCUUUGAAUAUCACCCUUUAUCAGGAGAAAUUGUCCUCAAACUAUCACUACUUCACCGCCGUCCAGGACCACGUCACUCCCUAUCAUCGGGAACAGGCCGUCGAAUGGAUCUAUGAUGUUGCCAAGGUGCCGUUUUCCUUCCUCACACCGAAAUUCGAGCCAAUUUUUUCUGUAAAAGGACACAUUUCGUCUUCCAGGAGGAACACUGCGACGGCGACGUUUUCCCCUUGGCCGUCGGCUUGAUUGAUCGUUUCCUGUCCAUCCAGAACAUCUUCAAACAUGAUAUUCAGGUAGGGAAUAUUUUUCAAUUCUUUCAGUAGAUUAUAGAGUUUUGAUUUUUUGAGCUUCAGAAAAGUUCGAGUAGAACUUUUAAAAAAUUAAGAUUCAGCAUAAUUUUCAGAUGUUGGCUGGAGUUUGCCUCUUCGUGGCCAGCAAACUGAAGGCGCCCCGACCUCUGAACGCCGGGAAGAUCUCCUACUACUCGGACGACAGCUGCAAGGUGGACGACGUCCUGGUCCGUCACACCUUCUAGAUAUCCUAAUCUGAAUUCCAUCCUUCCAGAGCUGGGAGCUCCUUGUCGUGACCCAACUCGACUACGAGACCGUCGCCCCCACCGCCAUGGACUUUUUCGACAUAGCCGCCGCCAGGCUUCCGUUGCUGAACGACCUCCGCGAGCAGUUCACCCACACCGUCCACCGGAUCCAGAAGAGUUAG